UCUCUUUUCCCUUGGGCAUCUGCAGCCCCCAACAGCACUGCAAAUGUAAAUCCUCCAUAACUGCUUGUGAUCAGUGGGAAUAAUUUUCCCAGUAUAAGCCUUGCCUGAUUCGGUCAUUUCAAGCACUGGAAAGGCCAAUGACUAACUUGGCAUCGUCCUAAAGAGAAACUUCUGCCUCCAAAGUCCUCUGCUUCCUUGUGUAGCACUUUCCUCAAGUCCCACCCAGCCUCAGUUUCCUCUCCUGUAAUAAAAGCAUCAGCUGUGGGAUUGGUAAGAUAUCUUCCACAUCAGCAAAUUCCAAGAGUCUAUCACAUUAGGCAAACCCAAAUUGGAAAGGACAUAACAAGCUAUUUGGAAUGGAUGCUAAGGGGCUUGUUCUAAUUCGAUUGUGCAUUUCACAUCUUAGGGCCUCCGGUGACUUUGACAGUUACCUUCCUGGCAGGGUCAAUGGCUCCAGGCCAGUGCUGGGGACAGUGACUGGAAGUGGGCGUGGCGAUUUUUCCCGACUUCCUUGUUUGGAGUAAACUUUGGUAACAUUUGAUGGCUAAGGGUUUGCCUUUCCAUCUGUUGAUGUGCUUUCUGGAAGCUCCCCCGUCUGCCAGAGAAAACAUAUCCAGAAGACGCACGACGCCAAUUCAGCCAUUCCUUUGUGUCCCCAAAUCCCCCCAGCCUCCAAAGAGGCAGGGAGAAGCUGAAGCGGAAAACAGACGUGCCUGGGGCGCGCGGGCUCCGCGGUUGGUGGAGAGCCGCGUGGCCAGGCGGGGAUCUAGGCGCCCACCCCCCUGCUCCGUCCACGCGCUCGGGCGCGCGUCCUCCCUUCCUGACACUCCUCCCGCCGCUUCAGGAACUCGGCUCGGAAAUGGGGCAGUCGCUAGGGCUCCCGCCUCCGCCGAGCGCCUAGGGCUUUAGCGGUUGACGUUGAGUCCUCGCGCCUGUCUCCAGCGCGCCGCGGGGCUGAGAGUGAUAGCGCGGCUGGCAGGGGGAGGAUUCGCCGCCGAGCCCGGGGCUGCGCGCUCCGCCGCGGGGAGACCCCGGACGCCGCUGGCCGCGCAGCGAGGCCCCUGCCCGGCCGGCCGAGCCAUGACGGACUCCAGCAACAGGAAGGAGGGCUUCAAAAAGUGCCGGAGCGCCACUUUCAGCAUCGAUGGCUACAGCUUCACCAUCGUUGCAAAUGAAGCUGGCGACAAGAAUGCUAGACCGCUGGCCCGCUUCUCUCGGUCUAAGUCACAGAACUGUCUGUGGAACUCCCUCAUCGACGGGCUCACAGGGAAUGUCAAGGAGAAGCCACGGCCAACAAUUGUCCACGACCCUCGACCCCCAGAGGAAAUCCUAGCUGAUGAAUUGCCACAGCUGGAUAGCCCAGAAGUCUUGGUGAAGACAUCCUUCAGAUUACGGUCUUUGGUCAAACAGUUAGAGAGAGGGGAAGCUUCAGUGGUAGAUCUUAAGAAGAAUUUGGAAUAUGCAGCCACAGUGCUUGAAUCUGUGUACAUUGAUGAAACCAGGAGACUCCUGGAUACAGAGGAUGAGCUAAGUGACAUUCAGUCAGAUGCUGUGCCUUCUGAGGUCCGAGACUGGCUGGCCUCCACCUUCACACGGCAGAUGGGAAUGAUGCUCAGGAGGAGCGAAGAGAAGCCCAGGUUCAAGAGCAUCGUUCACGCAGUGCAGGCUGGGAUAUUUGUGGAGAGAAUGUACAGACGGACAUCAAACAUGGUUGGACUGAGCUAUCCACCAGCUGUUAUUGAGGCAUUAAAGGAUGUGGACAAGUGGUCUUUUGAUGUCUUUUCCCUCAAUGAGGCCAGUGGGGAUCAUGCAUUGAAAUUUAUUUUCUAUGAACUACUCACACGCUAUGAUCUGAUCAGCCGUUUCAAGAUCCCCAUUUCUGCACUUGUCUCAUUUGUGGAGGCCCUGGAAGUGGGAUACAGCAAGCACAAAAAUCCUUACCACAACUUAAUGCAUGCUGCUGACGUUACACAGACAGUGCAUUACCUCCUCUAUAAGACAGGAGUGGCGAACUGGCUGACAGAGCUGGAGAUCUUUGCUAUAAUCUUCUCAGCUGCUAUCCACGACUACGAGCAUACCGGAACCACCAACAAUUUCCACAUUCAGACUCGGUCUGAUCCAGCUAUUCUGUACAAUGACAGAUCUGUACUGGAGAAUCACCAUUUAAGUGCAGCCUAUCGCCUUCUGCAAGAUGAUGAGGAAAUGAAUAUUUUGAUUAACCUCUCAAAGGAUGACUGGAGGGAGUUUCGAACCUUGGUAAUUGAGAUGGUGAUGGCCACGGAUAUGUCUUGUCACUUCCAACAAAUCAAAGCAAUGAAGACUGCUCUGCAGCAGCCAGAAGCCAUUGAAAAGCCGAAAGCCUUAUCCCUCAUGCUGCAUACAGCAGAUAUUAGCCAUCCAGCAAAAGCGUGGGACCUCCAUCAUCGCUGGACAAUGUCACUUCUGGAGGAGUUCUUCAGACAGGGAGACAGAGAAGCAGAGCUGGGGCUGCCUUUUUCUCCUCUGUGUGACCGAAAGUCCACUAUGGUUGCCCAGUCACAAGUAGGUUUCAUUGACUUCAUCGUGGAACCCACCUUCACUGUGCUUACGGACAUGACCGAGAAGAUUGUGAGUCCACUAAUCGAUGAAACUUCUCAAACUGGCGGGACAGGACAGAGGCGUUCGAGUUUGAAUAGCAUCAGCUCGUCAGAUGCCAAGCGAUCAGGUGUCAAGAGCUCUGGUUCAGAGGGAAGUGCCCCGAUCAACAAUUCCGUCAUCCCUGUUGACUAUAAGAGCUUUAAAGCAACUUGGACCGAAGUGGUGCACAUUAAUCGGGAGAGAUGGAGAGCCAAGGUGCCCAAAGAGGAGAAGGCCAAGAAGGAAGCAGAAGAAAAGGCUCGCCUGGCUGCAGAGGAGCAGCAAAAGGAAAUGGAAGCCAAAAGCCAGGCUGAAGAGGCCGCAUCUGGCAAAGCUGAGAAAAAGAUGUCUGGAGAAGCUAAGAAUCAAGUCAAUGGAACACGGGCAAACAAAAGUGACAACCCUCAUGGGAAAAAUUCCAAAGCUGAGACAUCGUCAGGAGAACAGCAACAGAAUGGUGACUUGAAAGAUGGUAAAAAUCAGACAGACAAGAAGGAUCACUCUAACACUGGAAAUGAUUCAAAGAAAACAGAUGAUUCAGAAGAGUAAAAAGACCUCAUAGACAAUAAAAGAGGCUGCCAAUGUCUUUCAUCAUUCUAGCUGAGCUUCUUCAUUCUCCUUCUUCUCCUUCUUCCACAAAGACCCAUAUCUGGAGAAGGUGUACAACUUUCAAAAACAAGCCCCCCUUCUAACCCUUGGCCUUCUCUCACACCAUCUCCUACCAGGGGAUGACUCUUUGGGGGUGGUUUGAGGUCUUAGAACUCUGGGAGAUAUUCCCCUGAACAAACCAAACAACUUGAGAUUUUUACUCUUUAACAGAAAUAGAACAUGAAGGGGCAUCCUCAAAAUCCUUUGCUAAUGACCUGGCUUUCAAGGCACCUGUCUUACCUGAUGAGAAUGGACAUCCUGGAUAUGCUGGGAGAGGCCUGAAAAAGCCACACACACAGUAAUUGCCAUUUUAUGACUGUCAAUGCUGUUACUUUAAAUGUUGUCAUUUUUGCACUGGCUACUGACGAUACAGCCAUGCUAACAUUCGUCACAGCAAAGAUGAUGAUUCCAGUCUCUGGUUCCUUUCCUGAGUCAGGAACAUUAGUUUAAUCCAAUUUCCUUUCAGACUUAAAAUUGUUCUUAUGCUUUUUUCCCCCACAUGUAUAAUAUGUAAUUCUGUUUGUUUUCUUAAAAAAAAAAAAAAGAUUAUUCUAUAGGAAUCUUUAUUUGAUGCUUAAUUUAUUUUCUCUGUGCAUUCAUUAGUAUAAACCUGAAUGUUCAGCUGAUGGCCAUACUGUUGAGUGGGAACCUAUUGUUUUCACUGGUAGCAUCUGUAACUAAGUAGUUACUGACAUUUUUACCACUGGCUGGUCAUCUUGUUUUGGAUAUCUGUGGUUUGACUUCAUCACUCUUCUUUUUAUUCAGUAAAGUGCUAAAGGAAUUAGUAUCAGGGAGAUAUGGCAGAUAAAUCUUUGCAUUUUAGCGAGUUUUAAAAACACAAGGUAGAAGUGGAUUAAUAGCAUGGAUCAAAAAUAAGAAUAGUAGAUGUAGCAUGGAAAGAGAAUAGCAUUGCAGCCCCCUUGAAACCAAAUUACAGGUGGGAUCUAGGGGAGUGCAAGUAAAGUGUGAUUUUAUGGGUCUAAAUGAUGUGAUUUGGAUAAAAGUAUUCUUAAAAUGGGGUGUGGUUACAUAGGAAUCUCUGAGUCCUUCCCAAGAGUAAAGCACAUGCUGGUGAUGAAGUAGGGAUUAGUAAUAGGAAGAAAGAGAGCUAGGCAAUAGUUUUAAGUGUAUUCCCCGCUACAGAUUUAAUUUCUACGUAAAAAAGCACAAAAACAGAUAUUUAAACGUCCUUUCUUUACUAAGGUGAAAUAUUGGCAUUUUUCAGAAAGAGACUGUGUGUGGUCUACCAAGACCUUUGCCUUGCUGAAAUGUUCCCCCAACAGAAAGAUUUGUAGAACUUUGUUGUACAGAACGCACAACAGCAGGCUGAUGUUUAAACAGAUUUCUUCUGCCAGCUUUACAUUUUGCCUUGGAGAAACACUUAGCUUUUUCUGUUAUGCUCCCUGCUUUCCUAACAAUGACCUCACUACAUAAUAGGGCCACAAAUUCAAAUGGCUUCAAGAACCUAGCAGGUCAAGUAAAUGAAUGAAACAAGACAUGUAAUAUCACAGUCAUUGUGGUAAAUGGCAAUUCGUAGUGCGCCUUUGUAUCAGUGAGACAGGAAGGAGCAAUGGGGACUUUAAGAAAUUGGAGAGGGUGAGUGCUGUCAAAAAGGGGUAGUCGGUAGGCAGCUACUAGAUUUGAGCUGUGAGACGAUGGGGGUCUUAGAUACCUAGGAUUUGAUAUAAACCCUCUCCAAAUUUUCACAUAUUGACAACUAACCCAAAAACUUACAAACACUGUGCUAAUCAAAUGAAAUAUGCCUGUAAGCUGUGUUCAAUCUAUGGGACAUCAGUUUGCAAACUAUGUUCUUAGAGGUGGUAUGAUUUUGUAUUGAAAUUAAAUAUAACCAAGUGUAUGUCAACUUUUGACCUUGAAACCUGGACCUUUUACCUCAUUUAUAUUCUGUAUUUUUGUAUGUGGAGCUUUUUGGCCAGCCAAAAUAGAAAGUCUACAGCUUCCAUUUUAUAAUCCAACAAGCUACACACAACAACAUUUGAAAAAGAAACAGGAAUAUAGCCAUUUUUUUCUAGCACUGAUAAAAAUGGAAAUGUUUUUCAUUUACUUUAAGUCAUUAAUCAACUGAAAAAGAAUGGAAAGAGAAUUUCAUUCCGUAAAGAAUGAAAAGUUACACCAAAAACUCUCAGUGAAGUAAAACAAAACUCCAUGUAACUCACUCUUAGCUUUAAAUCUUUAAAAAGUGUUUUGAAGGGGUAUUGAGUAAAAAUGCAAAGUUAUCUAUUAAAAAUACAAACUACUAUAUUAGAUGAUGCUAUGGUUUGAUACUGGAGCUGAUAAAACAUUAAAAUAAUUAUUCCAAAUCAGUGCUGACUGGAACAGCAAUAUUUCCAAAGCUCUAGCUUAUGUUCUUUGGUCUUUUAAUUCCCUUGAAACAGUUUUCUUCAAGUUAAACAGCAAUUUUGGACAAACAUUAUUUUGUUGCACAGAUUAUGGCAUCUUCCUCUAGUUUACACACACAUAGCAAGGGCUUAGACUCCUUAAUUAAGAAUUGACCUGUAUGUGGGGACAGUAAUAGGGACAGUCCGACCACAGACAUAACCACACACUCUACACAUUCCUGGGUAAAAUGUGACAAAUCAAGUUAGCCCUUGAAUUUGGGUCCCCAUAUCACCAAAUAGCUCUACAUCUAAGUUGUGUUAAUGUGGUAUGUUUCAGUGGCAUAAUGACCCAUUCUUAUGGAGGCUUUUGUUCCAUUUUUGUGUGUGCGUGCCAACUUUCUCAGGUUAUGAGCCCUAAUGGUUUAUGGCAGCAGGCAAAAGACUCAUUUCUAACCCAUUAAAUUCAAAUGGACUUUGUUCUGUCCAUUUCAUUUCUGGAGCUUUUAAAAACCACUGAAAACAUUUGACAUGAUCCCGUUGUGGAUCUGAUACAGUUAAAUAGUAAAAUGAUACCUAAACAUCUGAGAUCCAAAUAAUAACCUAGUGCACAUGUGAUUCAUUUGUGGAAUUUAAGUCAUGAUAUUAUAUUUUCUACAUGGACCAUGCCUUUAAAUACAAAAGUGAAAAGUAAAAAGCAACAUUAUCACGGGAUGUGAGACAGUAAUCCAAAAAGUUGGAGACCAAUUUUUGUUAUCCAUGUUUUGGAAGUACGGAUAUUGUUUAUUUUAGUAUCACUUCUCUCGUGGGUCACUUUUCUUUAGAUAGAUAGAUUGAUUGAUAGAUAGAUAAUGUAAUAUAUUUUCUUCUUUCUUAAUCUAUGAGCAGAGAUUUUGAUAAUGGAAAUUAAUUUGUAGCAUUCCCCACAAAGCCUAGGAAAAACAAUAGGAAAAAAAGCACGAAAUCUUUUUCUUGUAGUGAAGUAGAGAAGAGUCUGAGACUGGAAACCUGUGUAUAUAGUGUUCUAUCCCAAAUAAAGAAAAUUCAGGGAAUUCAGGCAACAUUUUUUUUUUUCCUAAUUGGAAACUUUGUUCUGAUUCGGAGAUGCCCACACACCCCACAGGAGAUGUGGUGCUGGCCCACCACAGUGCUUGGAACAUGGUCAGCAUUCAGGAAACACAUGCAGAAUCGUCUAACUGAAUUCCACUAUCUACUUGUGAAUGCAAACAAAAUUCAAAUAUCCCUGAAAAUGUAUUCAGCGUCUCCUAUAUGCCAAGCACAUUGCUAAAGGCUUAUCUUCUUAUCUUCUAAGUAUAUGCAGGCAUACCCUACUCACACAAAUAGCUUAUCAUAAGAGAUGGGAAAUUGCAGGUAAUUUGGGAGAAAUUGUCAUAGCCAAAUGCAUGAAAAAAAUAAAAUAAAAACUUUUCUAUGGCCUCUUGAUUUAAGAAAAAAAACAAAACAAUAAAACAGGAUUCAUUUGAGAAUGUCUUUCCAAAAGGGAUGAUGACAGCAAUCUCUAUGAAACAUCAGUGGAUUUACUGAAAAUCCAAGUUGAAACUUUUAAAACCUUAAACAGAAUAUCCUGAAGCAAAUAGGAGAUCCUCUAUGUGCAGCAUGAGGAAUCACUGCAUAGUACUGCUCCACCAAUAAUACGAUUGGUACGGCACCAAACCGUGGCAAAAUGAGAUGUUAAAGAACAUAAUGUUGCAAUAAUGAUGUUAUAUUGGAUCUUAUUCAUGAACAAAUGGAAAGUAAUACUUAUAAUUUGUCCGCUGUGAUCCAUGAUUAAGACCCUCAUUAUCACUGAGAAAAUGAAUUUAAUAAAAAAAUUGCAAUGGGCAGUGAUGAUAUUCCUAUAAUAAAGCCUCCCUCUGGAGAUCAAGAGACAUAUUACCUGCCAAGGCCAGAUUUCAGUUUUUAAGGUUUCCUCUCACCAAAGACACUGGUGGGCACACAGGUGAUGCUAGAAUUAGAAUGUUACCAGAGUCAUUUACAUUGGACAGUUUAUCUGAUCGUGAACAUGGGCCCAGGAAGAUUAGAAAAAUGGAAAGCAGGCUUCUAUAGGUUCUCCUUGGACAUUUGUAAAAAGACUGGGUGCUUAUCCAGGAAUGUCUGAAUGAAACAAGAACUGCACUGCUGAAAUAGCUUCUUGUUUUCAUAUUAAACAAGGAACAGUUGUGCAGUGGAUGACCUGGACUGAAAGAUGUAUCGUGGUCAAGUUUAAACAUUAUUAAUUUCUGAUUGUUUUCUUAAAUACCCCUACCUGAUUCAUUUUUUAAAAAAUAUUGCCAGACAUAUUUGACAUGAAUUCAUGUUUACUCUGGCUUCUGUUCCCAAGCGGAAGUGGAUUAAUCCUGGCAAUGGCUGGCUUCACUAACUGUACUUGCACCCAGCCUGGGCUGCCAUCUGCUGAGCCAGGAGAAGCAGGGAGUGGGGUGUGGGCCCUUUCAGUUUGCUCAGGGCACACUCAUUCAGCCUCCCCUGAGGAGACCUUGUCACCCUUGGGUGUAAAUGCUUGCUGUUGCGGACCAGUGACAGUGCCAACUAGAGACCCAUCCUCUCAGCUUUGGUCAGCUUCAGCUGGGAUUCCUGAAUCUCACUCAUGUAUUCCUCAUGAGUGCUGGCUUCUGAACCUGCAGAAACAUUUCUCAGUCAGUUUUUGGUGAAGGGUAACUUAUUUAAAAUAAAGCCCAUUAAAACCCAAUGGCUAUAGAGUGGGUUUUAAAUAGAUUGCCCUGAGACACAUCCUUGUCGUCUUUGCUUCCCUCUCAUGACCUAUCUUGGGGUAGAAUUUGUGUAAUACUAUCCUUGUCUUUGAGCGGGUAUAUGUGUGAUGGUACAGAAAUACAGUCACAUAUUAUAUUAAUAUAUAUAGAUGUAUAGGAAAAACCUACAGCCAUAGGUAUUGUCCAGUAACUGAUUCUAGAGGUAGUACUAUAGAGUAUACAUUUCCUUUUUUCUUGCUUUGAUGAUAUUUUUGUACAAUUUUAUAUGCUGUAAAAUUUUUUAAAAUAUAUUUGCUAUUUUCAUUUGUAGAGCUUGGUUAGGCUUUUAUCAGCUCUUGUGCUCACUGUACAACCAGAUUCCCCCCAUCUAAUUUAAGUGUCUUCUCCUUUUCAAACUCUUUAUGUUUUCUAUUUUUUUUCUCCUAUUUUUCUACUCUUCACAUUUCUUCUUUUGCUUCUGUUCAGGUAACCGAUUCUGCUUGCAGUAUAUCAUUUUAGCACAUACAAACACAAAAUAAUCGGAAAAAUAAAAGCAUCUUGUUCCAUGUAAUUCACAUGCGGAAGUUUUGGGUGUCAAAGUUCGCUGGGGAUAGAUAGGGAGGCAGAAAUAGAUUGGGAAAAGGAAGCAGGAAGAAGGAAGUCUUUAUGGGAAUCAAUUACCCAAAGCAAGGUGAGUCACAUAGGAUGCUAUGCAUCCUAAAGAGACCCUACUCACCAUGGAUCUGUAGGCCCUCUCCUCAUGAGGGCACUAGGCAUGUGUGAAUGGAAAACUCAACCCAUCUCCUCAGCUUUAGAUGUUGCUGCUGUUCAGCUGGCUUUGCGAGAGAUAUCUGGAUUAAUAUCAAGAAUGUUUAGCAAGACUCAAAAGGGAGAGGCAAGCAGAACCCAAACUCAAACCUCCAACCAAUAUCUAGCUGAAUAAAUAGUUCUUUGGAGGAAUAAGGAAGGGAUUUCAGGAUGUGUUCUGAGAAUGCUCUUCCAAAAGGGAAGAUGUAAUAUGGAUUUGUUUUGAUUUCAUGGUAGUGAUAGAGUGUACUUCCAUGAUGUGAAAUACUCUUCUGGCAGAUAAAAUGCAGGUUAUAAUUUGCAUUUGUACAUCACAGGGCAAAAGAAUGGCCAUCCAUUCUAAGGAAGAGUGUUCUGUUCUCUAAGAUGCUGUUUUGUACUAAAACAAUGUUUCCAAAUGCCAUAGCAUCUAUCUCCAAAUGCAAAAUUACAUCGUAAGGAUUCAUGUAAAAAAAGAGUAUACUGAACUGCUAUCAGAAAAAUUAAUGAUGUGUUUAUUGUAAAUCUUUAUUGCACAGGUGAGCCUGACAGUCCUUCAAUGUAUAAUGUUCCCCCAGCAUCUAGCAAUGCAUAAGCACUUGUAUGUUCUUCUGAUGACCAAAUAAAAAUGAUGAGUUAACCCUCUUAAUUGGAGUUGGAAAAA